AUGUCAGGGGACCUGGCAGCUGAGAGCUGGAGCUUCACAGAAGCCAGUUUCCAGAAAUUCACCAUCAGCAACUUUUGUUCUAUCCAGCGGGAAAUAAGGGAAUCCAUUGAAAGCCCAACCUUCCCCUCAGGAGCCAGGGACAAAAACAGACGGACUUUGAAAAUACACUCAAAUGGGAUGGAUGAAGAAAGCGAGGGCUACUUGUCAGUUUACCUAACGUUGCUCAGCUGCCCAAGGAGACCAGUGUGGACAAAGUUCCAGUUUUGGAUCAAUGAUUCCGAAGGAGAGGUAACAAAAGGCAUGAAGCACCCAAGAUUCUUCAGGUUCCUAGAAAAUCAACAGUGGAGUUUCAGAAAGUUCAUCCUUCGAGAUUUCUUCUUGGCCCAGGAGCCUUGGCUUCUCGAAGACAAUGAACUCAGCCUAAGAUGCAAGGUGACUGUAGUCCAAGAUUCCUUUGGCUUCUCUAAUGAGACCAUGACACCAGGGAUCCAGGUUCCAAGGUGCACUCUGUCAGAUGAGCUAGGAGAGCUGUGGGAGAAUUCCUUCUUCACAGACUGCUUCCUGAUGGUAGCUGGCCAGGAAUUCCAUGACCACAAGGCCAUCUUAGCAGCCUGCUCUCCAGUUUUCAGAACCAUGUUUGAACAUGACAUGGAGGAUAGCAGAAGAAACCGCACUGAGAUCCAGGAUCUGGAACCUCAAGGCUUCAGGGCAAUGAUGGGCUUCAUUUACAACGGGAAGGCCCCGGAUCUCCACAGCAUGGCAGAUGUUCUGCUUGCAGCUGCCGACAAAUAUGGCCUGGAGCAUUUGAGGGUCAUGUUUAAGGACGCCCUCUGCAAGGACCUCUCCGUGGAGACUGCUGCCCACACUCUCGUCCUGGCUGACCUCCAAAGUACAGGGCAGCUGAAAACCCAGGCACUGGAUUUCAUUACAUCUCAUGCUUCUGAAGUCUCUGAGAUUUCAUGCUGGAAGAAAAUGGUGGGCUCAUAUCCCCACUUGCUGGCUGAAGCAUACAGCUCCCUGGCUUCUGCCCGUUGCUCUUUACUGGAGCCUCCUCCCAAAUGCCUCCAGCAAUCUUAG